ACACAUACAGCGGGCGCAUCUCAUACCUGUGUGUUCGAGUGCAAGAGAGAGAAAGAGAAAAAUAUUCUUGAGAUACUUCGAGGAGUUCAAUAGGACUAUUGUGGUUUUACAAUGGAUUACGGAUAUGACAGUCUUGAACCUUCCUUCACUUCACCUGAACCCUUGGUUGCAAGUGGAGGAGAUAUAGAUUCUCUGUGCCAAACUUAUUUCAAUAACGAGGAUUUCUAUUCCGAGGAGCGGCAUUUCUAUCCACAGAAAACCAUGGAAACCAAUAACUGGAGAGUUGGGGCAGACCAAGCAUCCGGAACGUAUGAUGACUAUGGCGCUUCGGCCUCCUACUACGACGUCAACGACUGGAAGCUUUCCGACAAAGUCCUCCACGACCUGAAGCCCUUUCUGCUGGACGAGGAAGAGUGGUCUCCGGAGCAAGGAAGCAAUUACGACGCGCUAACCUACGAGGCGUCAGACUGGGACCUCCCACUUCAGAACCUAGAUAAUCUAGCGCUGGAUGACGAGCCGUGCGACGGAUCUACAGGUGAGCUUCAGCAGUCUCUGUACCCACCAUCCAGUGCAGUGUAUUCGUCUCCAGAGCCGCUGCAUUCUUCGAGCGACGGCCACGUGCCUGAUAAUGAACCGCAGCUCUUUACACAGCCUCCCGAUGUACUGGAGAAGAUCCCUUCGAAAAGAAAACGAGUUCGAGGUCCUAAAAACUGGGAGUUCCUGAUCCGGCUACUGGCAGACAAGCGAACGAAUCCGUCUUUGAUUCGCUGGGAAGAUGAGUCUACGGCGACCUUCCGUCUGGUUCAGCCUGAGAAAAUCGCGCACAUGUGGUCCACACGAACGCCAGAUUCUCCUCCUUUAACUUAUAACAAUUUCGCUAGAGGUCUCAGGUACCAUUAUAGCAGAGGCGCUUUACAACCAGUGUCAGAAAAACAGCUGGUGUACCGAUGUGGGCCCAAGGCUCUCCAGUACCUGAUCGACCUGCGAAAGGUUUCUUCCUGAGGUGAUGUUUUCAAAGCGGGAAUGAGUAACACGAGAAAAGGCAAAAUCAAAAGAGACAGUGUGAAAUGUGUUAUAGAGAUUGAAGUGAAGGCAGAGGGAAGGCAAGGCAGAAAGUACUAUAGACAAUGUACAAAACACAAGAGGAAGUUAUUUUUUAUAGUUGGUCCCCAGAUUUACAUGUGUGUUAAGAUUAUAUGUGAUUGACAUAUUAUAUGCUAUAUGCCAAAGAUUAGUUAUGAGAAGUGGUAGCUAUAUGUAAUUUUGAUAUAUCGUAUAUCGGCAUUAUUUAUAAUAAAUUAUUGACAUACUUUGCGCGACAUAUUUUACCUGUGUGUCAAUGUUGCAUCCCGAAAAGCCAGUAUAACAAUUUCAGAUUCUUUCAUUCUGGCCUCGUGAAAUAAGUCUGUAUUGUUACUCUCUCUUCAAUCAGCACUAUUUAUUGAACUGCACUAUACCUUGCCCUAUAUUUUUUAUAUAUAUAUGUUAUAUUUGAAAACACGAGUUGCUGUUACU